AUGUCCUCCUCUGUAUAUGAGUUGCCGGAGCCAAACGAGAGGAAAUGUCUUGAAGUCUUACAAGGCCUGAUCAAGAUCAAGUCCUACAGCAAAACAGAUGGAGAGCUAGAAGCAACAUCGUACAUGGCGAAGCUCAUGAAGGAUGUGGGGUUAGAUGCGGAUGUCAAGGAAUUCGAUGAAGGCAAGAGACAGAAUGCUUUGGGUAUAUGGAGGGGAACCGGCGGAGGAAAGUCACUGUUAUUCAACGGUCAUGUGGAUACCAACCCUGUCACCGAAGGCUGGACCGUCGAUCCUUGGGGUGGAGUAGUCAAGGACGGUAUGAUAUACGGUAUAGGAGUAUCAAAUAUGAAGGCAGGAUGUGCAGCAUAUCUCUGCGCGGUGCAGACACUCUUCGAAUCAGGCUGGAAACCCAAAGGAGAUGUGGUCUUAACCCAUGUGGUGGGAGAGCUACAAGGUGGUCCAGGGACAGUCGCGUUGAUAGAUCAAGGUUACUGCAACGUCGAUUAUUUCGUUAAUUGCGAGCCGAGUGAUUUGAAGGCGAUAACGAUGCAUGCCGAGAGUCACAUCUUCCGCAUAGAAUUGACGGGUGUGACGAGGCAUAUGAGCAAGAGGGAAGCCGGUACCGAUGCGAUAUUAGCAGCCACCGACCUUAUACCGAGAUUGGACAAGUUGACCUUUGGAAAUGCCAAGAACGACGAUGUGAAGGCUUGUAAUAGGUGUCAUGUGGGUGUGGUAAGAGCUGGACUGGGGAGGGAAAUGGCAGUUUGGAGACCACCUCAGGUAGCUGAUUUUGCUGUGAUACGGGGAGCAGCUCGGUUCGGUCCAGGUCAAACGUCCAAUGAUGUUGAAACCGCCCUAGAAAUAGAAUGUAUGGAGACUCAGCGUAAAUUCCCUCAAUUGAAAUAUGAGAUAUUCAACGAACGAUCCGACAGUAUGCCUUCAUUUGAGGUAUCGAAGCAAGCGCACAUAGUGAAGAGGCUGAACGAGGCAUACGAAAAAGUGAGGCCAGGUGAAAAACAGCCGACAGGUGCACUAGCGCCUCAAUGUUUCUACGGUUCAGACGCUGGUCACUUGUAUGUCAAAUUAGGUUUGGAAGGUAUAGUGUGCGGUCCAGGUGGGAAAUACAAUACGAUGCCUGAUGAACGUGUAGAAGUUCUCGAUUAUCUGGAUUGUAUAAAGAUGUUCAUACGUUUGAUCAUGGAUAUCUGCGGCUAG